UCUAAACAUAAAUCUGAAAUCUGACAGUGUCUUUCAUGUUCUUUUACCUGGGUUCCCCUACAAUAAAUAUGUAUUUCAGAUUAUGGUAACAGUGAUGAUGUUUUAUUAACAAUCCUCAGGUUUUUGUGUUUACAUGCAUUCCGAUGAGAUCACGUGAAUCACAGUUAUUUUACAAUUUUAAAACUAGCCGUCCAAAAUAAUGACACCUCAGAAUGGAAAGGAUCCUGUCUUAGACCCCAUUGUCUCUCAGCCUCAAUCUGCACUGGUCCUUCCCGUAACACAAACUUCUGUUCCAUUUCACAUACGGUGCCUCAGAGAUGACCCACAGGAUGCUGCAUUUGCAGGAAGACUAACAGUCAAUGCUUUCAGGAACAAAUAUGUCCACGCAACAAGUGAAGGGAGUAUACCUGACGUUAUCCGAACAAUUUCACUGGAACAGCGUGGGCAAGAUCCUCUCUACUACCAGAGAAACUUUGUUGCAGAGUAUGAUGGCAAACCGGUCGGUAUUAUCUAUCUCAUAUUCCGUGGCGACCCCAUACCAAGGGAAAACACAGCAGCCUUAGAUACCUUUGGGUGUUGCGAUGUUUGCGGCCUUAAGUGUUUGGAUUACGGAUUCCGGACAGUAGAGGAUCUUAGGGAUUAUGAGUGUUACUUGGAUAUGGUGGCAGUUGAGGAGGAGUUCCGAGGGAAAGGUAUCGGGAAGGCUUUAUUGGACCGGGCGGACCAUGAGGCUCGCAUCCAUGGCUGUCGGACAAUUUCCCUGCUGGUCGAUGUCAACAACUGGGCAAUACGACUGUACGAGAGGCAAGGGUACACUGUCACCAGCCGGUCCUGGAAGUGUGGCUGGCUUUGGUGUACGCUGGGCAUAUGUUGUUUUCUGAAGAUGGAAAAGAGACUGAACUAAUGCUCACUCAGAGGAGGAUAAUGGGCUAAUUCUCACUCGGAGGAGGAUAAUGGGCUAAUUCUCACUCGGAGUAGGAUAAUGGACUAAUUCUCACUCGGAGUAGGAUAAUGGGCUAAUUCUCACUCGGAGGAGGAUAAUGGACUAAUUCUCACUCGGAGGAGGAUAAUGGACUCAUUCUCACUCGGAGGAGGAUAAUGGGCUAAUUCUCACUCGGAGGAGGAUAAUGGACUAAUUCUCACUCGGAGGAGGAUAAUGGACUAAUUCUCACUAGGAGUAGGAUAAUGGACUAAUUCUCACUAAGGAGGAGGAUAAUGGACUAAUUCUCACUCGGAGGAGGAUAAUGGACUAAUUCUCACUAAGGAGGAGGAUAAUGGGCUAAUUCUCACUCGGAGGAGGAUAAUGGACUAAUUCUCACUCGGAGUAGGAUAAUGGACUAAUUCUCACUAGGAGUAGGAUAAUGGACUAAUUCUCACUAAGGAGGAGGAUAAUGGACUAAUUCUCACUCGGAGGAGGAUAAUGGACUAAUUCUCACUAGGAGUAGGAUAAUGGACUAAUUCUCACUAAGGAGGAGGAUAAUGGACUAAUUCUCACUCGGAGGAGGAUAAUGGGCUAAUUCUCACUCGGAGGAGGAUAAUGGGCUAAUUCUCACUCGGAGGAGGAUAAUGGACUAAUUCUCACUCGGAGGAGGAUAAUGGACUAAUUCUCACUCGGAGGAGGAUAAUGGACUAAUUCUCACUAGGAGGAGGAUAAUGGGCUAAUUCUCACUCGGAGGAGGAUAAUGGACUAAUUCUCACUCGGAGUAGGAUAAUGGACUAAUUCUCACUAGGAGUAGGAUAAUGGACUAAUUCUCACUAAGGAGGAGGAUAAUGGACUAAUUCUCACUCGGAGGAGGAUAAUGGACUAAUUCUCACUAGGAGGAAGAUAAUGGGCUAAUUCUCACUCGGAGGAGGAUAAUGGACUAAUUCUCACUCGGAGGAGGAUAAUGGGCUAAUUCUCACUCGGAGGAGGAUAAUGGGCUAAUUCUCACUCGGAGGAGGAUAAUGGACUAAUUCUCACUCGGAGGAGGAUAAUGGGCUAAUUCUCACUCGGAGGAGGAUAAUGGACAGAGAUAUUGUUUGUUUCCAUAUCAUUCAUGAACAGUGUACAUGUACUCCAAAUGUAUUUUAUAUAUAUAUAUAUAUAUUGUUUUAUUUGUUGUUUUGCAUUAUGUUUGUAAAGUUAAUAUACUCAAAUGGCAAAAUCAGAUUAAUUUGAAUUAAUCUUCAACUAAUGUAGUAUGUUACAAGAGUGUCAAUAAGGUCUCCUAUGGUUGCCUGCUCAUGUGAGACUAAUAGAAUCUCACACUACUGUGUGAUGUAAAGAGAGGUUUAUUUUUUCCUACCAAAACCUGUGAAGUUUAGGAGAAUAAGUUGACGUGUACAUUAAAAGGCAUGGCUAUAUUGACCUGUACAUGUAAGUGGAAGGAACAGUUAUAUCCCUAACCAAGUAAAUUAUUGAAGGAAGUGAUCAUCUCAACCCAAGUAUGUAAUAGUAAAGGGACUAGUGACUCCAACCCUAAUAUGUUAUAGUGAUGGGAACAGUGACUCCAACCCUAAUAUGUUAUAGUGAUGGGAACAGUGAUUCCAACCCUAAUAUGUUUUAGUGAUAGGAACAGUGACUCCAACCCUAAUAUGUUAUAGUGAUGGGAACAGUGACUCCAACCCUAAUAUGUUAUAGUGAUGGAAACAGUGACUCCAACCCUAAUAUGUUAUAGUGAUGGAAACAGUGACUCCAACCCUAAUAUGUUAUAGUGAUGGAAACAGUGACUCCAACCCUAAUAUGUUAUAGUGAUGGGAACAGUGACUCCAACCCUAAUAUGUUAUAGUGAUGGGAACAGUGACUCCAACCCUAAUAUGUUAUAGUGAUGGGAACAGUGACUCCAACCCUAAUAUGUUAUAGUGAUGGGAACAGUGACUCCAACCCUAAUAUGUUAUAGUGAUGGGAACAGUGACUCCAACCCUAAUAUGUUAUAGUGAUGGGAACAGUGACUCCAACCCUAAUAUGUUAUAGUGAUGGGAACAGUGACUCCAACCCUAAUAUGUUAUAGUGAUGGGAACAGUGACUCCAACCCUAAUAUGUUAUAGUGAUGGGAACAGUGACUCCAACCCUAAUAUGUUAUAGUGAUGGGAACAGUGACUCCAACCCUAAUAUGUUAUAGUGAUGGGAACAGUGACUCCAACCCUAAUAUGUUAUAGUGAUGGGAACAGUGACUCCAACCCUAAUAUGUUAUAGUGAUGGGAACAGUGACUCCAACCCUAAUAUGUUAUAGUGAUGGGAACAGUGACUCCAACCCUAAUAUGUUAUAGUGAUGGGAACAGUGACUCCAACCCUAAUAUGUUAUAGUGAUGGGAACAGUGACUCCAACCCUAAUAUGUUAUAGUGAUGGGAACAGUGACUCCAACCCUAAUAUGUUAUAGUGAUGGGAACAGUGACUCCAACCCUAAUAUGUUAUAGUGAUGGGAACAGUGACUCCAACCCUAAUAUGUUAUAGUGAUGGGAACAGUGACUCCAACCCUAAUAUGUUAUAGUGAUGGGAACAGUGACUCCAACCCUAAUAUGUUAUAGUGAUGGGAACAGUGACUCCAACCCUAAUAUGUUAUAGUGAUGGGAACAGUGACUCCAACCCUAAUAUGUUAUAGUAAAGGAAACAGUCACUCCAACCCUAAUAUGUUAUAGUGAUGGAAACAGUGACUCUAACCUCAGUAUGUUUAUAGUGAUGGAAACAGUGACUCAAACCCCAAUAUGUUAUAGUGAUGGGAACAGUGACUAUGACCCAAAUAUGAUGAAAUAAAGGGAACUGUGAUUCAAACCCUAUCCUAUGAUGGAGUAAUAAACAGAAUGGUGACCACAACCUCAGUAUGUUUAUAGUUAUAGAUGUCAAAAUCGAAUACAUUUCAAACAAUCCUCAAUUAAUGAACUGGGUUACAAGUGUGUCAAUAACCUGACAUGAGAUUGUUCAUGUGAGACUGAAUUGGCCUGUACAAUAAGAGGCAUUGGUACAUAUAAGCAUUUACAUGUUUAGUGAAGGGAACUGCACUGACCCUUACACAGUAAGUGAUAUUGAAAGGAAUGGUGAUCCCAACUCCAGUAGUGUAUAUGAAUAGAGUUGUAACACUCCGACCACGUAUGUUAAAAAGACACUAGCACAAGACACAAUGUGGUGUAGAGAAAUCGAAGGUAAGAAUGACCCCAAAACAGACUUAAAAUCAUGAAGCAGUAUUUAAUCCAAUCAAAUAUCAUUUAAUAUAAUCAAAACGUUUUAUUUGUACACGUUUGCAGGACAGUGAAUGUUUGUUUUGAAUACGUUGAUCAUAUUAUUCAAGUAGUUAAGAAUAUCUAAUUAGUGAUCAGAGUUAUUUAAUAUGUAGUUGUUUAGUGAUAAUGUUGUUUCCAAAGGCAAUAUAACCAAUACCAGCUGAUCAAGUUACAGGUGAUGUUAUGAGUAAACCUGAUCAUGUUAUAGUUUAUGGAACAGUGUACGUUUGGUCAAGUAAUAAAGGAAUAGUGUACACUGAGCCAUGGGCAUGUAAUAGUAAAUGGGACAGUGUACACCCAGUCAUGUAAUAGAGGAACAGUGGGAAUUUGGACAAGUACAUGUACAUGUAAUUUUGAGUGGAACAGUGUUAGCUCAGCAAAGUAAUGAUAAGUGUACAACUAGUCAGGUUAUCCUAUAGUACAUUCAGUUAGAGGAACACUGAAAGCUCAACCUAGUUAUAAAUUGGAGCACUGCACAGCCAGACAAGUAAAAGUGGAACAGUGUAAGCUCUGCCAAGGAAUAGUAAAUGUAACAUGAAAAAAAAGUGGUGCUAACCCCUGUACAUGCAUUAAAUGAUCAAUAGAAUCUUAUACCUGUCUUAUAAAGUAGGGAGCAAUAGACCAAAUGAAAUUGUGGACCAAUACAAAAUGUGGCACUGUUCUAUUUGUAGUCCGACAAGUAAUAUGUAAAUGAUACGGAUAAUGGGUAUUGCCUGUUGUAAUAACAGCUGUUUCCACUCAUCUUCACUGCAGAAAAUCCUAUUCAUAGGACUUUCCUGUACAUAUCAUUAAAAUGUAGAAAAAAAUCAAAAGUUAUCAAAGAAAAAAUGAAGGAAUGUUAUACUAUUCUCGAUUGCCCAUGUCAUCAUCAGAAUACUAGUGAUGUGUGAUAUUUUGGGGAGUCCCAACGAUCUGGCAUGUAUGCAAGAAAAUUACCAUAAAAUUCAUAUCCCCUGAAGGAUAUAUUCCCUGAAUGAAAGGCCUCUUCUUUCUUACCAUUUUUUCCGUAUUUGAAAUAAGAAAUGUUACAUACUGCUACACUUAAAUUGCAUACAUGUGUGAUUCAAUAGCGAUUAGGAGAGUGGCUGUUGUAAUAUCCUCCCCCUUAUCGUUACCUGUUUAAUAGCCGAUCUAUAUUAUGGACGACAAGGCGCAAUCGUUUAAACUAUAUGGCUAGCUCUCCAAAUCAAUAUAUUAUGCUUAUAGAAAACGUUUAUUGGCCAAAAGUUUACAAUCAAUAGCUUUACUGACGCCUUUUCCUUUUUUCUGUUUUUGUAUUUAUGAUUUGAAACACUUUUUGGUUUCGGUUUUCAUUUUGCUUGUCCUGAAUACCACAACUGAGUUCUAUAUUGACGAUUGUUUACUAGGGUCCUCUGUGUCGACUUACUAACUGUUAAAUAGCUGCUCAUUAUAUUGUAGUUUUUAGUGACUGCUUCAAGACUAGAUCAUCCAAGGUUGGCUGUAACUUUGUAAAUGAUUUUUUUUCUGACAUGAGUUACAUGAAAUACAAGUUAAAGUUAUCUGCUGUAAGCAAAACCUGUAAACAUUUGUAGAGGAUGUUAUAGGCACCUUACCACAGGAAACAAGUUUGUCGUGUUAGCUCAUUACAGGCAGUUAAGAUGAUGAUGUAAAAUGUCAAGCAUGAAGAAAUGUUGACUGUCAUAAUUAACAAAUAUCAAAUAAGGAAGAUGGCAAGAGAUCCAGAGAAUUGGUGCAGAUUUAUGAACUAGUAUAUCAAAGUGUCAAAUUGAAAAUAUGGUAUCGUAUAUAGAAAUGUCUUGCGUUACAGCUUUUUUCUAUUUACAUAGUUAUACGUUAUAUAUUUUUGUCCGUAUUUGUAGAUAGGCUUUAAAUAUAAUUGCGUUUAACGCGUGCUAUACUUCAGUAUUCAUUGAGUUCCCCGUUCUAAGAAUUAUUGUGUCCCUUGUACAGAAAUGUUAUUGUUGUGUAAAAUACAAAGAAGAUAUAUCUUUGGAUGUUUUGUAUAAUGGUGUAUAUAUAUAUUUACAUAAUCCUACUUACAUUUUUAUUUUGUCGUUAAACAAUACUCUGUCUCCUUUUAUCCUUUUGUUAUCUACGCAAAUCCUUUAUGUGGAACUGUCUUUUUUCAGAUUGUGUAAUAAAUGUUUGUUUUAACUGGAAUUAGCAUACAGAGUCAUGCUCAACUUCUAUGUUACCCUUGCUAUGAUGCCAUGAUCACAAAAAAGUUAUAUUAUAUAUUUUCAGAUUGUUGUAAAUGUGCUAAAACGCUGAAAUGUAAAUCAGCGUGGAACAACAUGUUAGACAAAUAGUGUGGCGAUGUGAUAAUGCUGGUUGUUGUGUAUCUUACCUAAGUAGUCUUAUUGAAGCCAAACUCGUACGUGCUAUAGAACAUGGGUAGGGAACGGACUUUUUUCCGUUUUGAAAAUUGUUCACAGACAACGUACCUUAAGGUAAGUGUUAUCUUUGCAUCAGUUAAAAGAAGAAGAGUUCCGUUUAGAGGUUUUUUUUUAUACUACUUGGAGUAUCAUCCCUUCUAAAUAGGGUACAACGCAACCAAAAUGAUUUAUUCUGGUUUAAAGUAAUUUCCCCUGUCAUAUUUUUCAUAUGCUUUGCGCCCAUAAAUUGGACAUUCGUUUUGGUGUUGUGCUUUUAUAAUGUUCGUACGACAACAUUGUCAAGUGUAGACUUUGCAAUAUGACCUACCCGUGUUAGACCCCCUACAGUUUUUUUGUUUUCUUUUAUAUUUAUAUUUCAAACAUUCAAAUUUUGAACAACUGCAAUUGGUAUAAUUCAUUGCAAUGUGUGACUUUUAUGAAAUAUUUCUUAUUGAAAGGGACUUACAUUUCACAGUGGCGACAAUAGUAAUAAUACAGUUUAACUUAAUUAUUGGUCCCCUUUACCUUAAUGCUAUUAUCAAAGUAGGUUUGUGCAAGACUUUGUAUUCUGGUUGAUGUUUUAUGACACCACAAUUUGUACAACAUGUUCUUGCAUAAUCUGUUAUGUAUUUUAUAAAAGAGGUCCGUCGUCAACAUUUCUACAAAAUAUACAAGUGCAAGAUUGUUCCUUCCUGUGGUGUUUCAUUGUGAUUAUUAUAAUGAAAUCAGGGAACCCCUUUUUAUAAAGGGUAAUUAUGUCAUUAUUUUUUUUAGAUAUGAGUUUGAAAGAUAAGUUUAUCUUUUUAAUGAAUGAGGCAUCUCUGCAGUGUUUUAUAGCUAGAUUAAUACAUGAGAAAGCGUUGUUCUUUUAACCAUGAUUGAUCACUCUUACAAUGUUCUGUGUCUCGUAAGCCAAUACUGGCUGGGCAUUUUAUAAAUGAUGCAUUAUUUUAGUUAACACUAUUAUGUAUGUAUUUUAAAAUGUGUGACACGCUAAUAAAAUAUUUAUUAUUAUUAUUAUAUAUAUUCUAAUCAUUGUGUUUCAUAGCAAAAGUACGUAUUUUGUCUAUGUUAGCGUCUAUCGGGAUAUUUUGGCAUGGUGUUACAAUUUUGACGUCUCCUGUCAGAAAUGGUUCGUUAAACCAUGUCUUUAUUGUUUUCCAUUUCGAUUUGUUCCUAUUUGGUGCUAUAGUAUUUAUCAAUCCAAGAGACUUCUCUACUUUCCAGUUUUAUCAGGCUAUGUUUAGUAGGCUUGUAUGUCGCCGGCGGCACUUUUACAAGUGGUGACAUGUGUAAUGAGUCAUUUUGAUAUACAUAACGUGAAUAGAAUUUCAUGAUCUUUGUAGUGCGGAAUAUACCAGAAUAUAACCACAUCCAAAAUAUCUCCAUUUACGUCAUAUAUUUCAUAGAAAUCGUACGUGAGUAGUCAAUACUUCCACAGGACUUUUUAUUCUGUAAUUCAUUUCAUAGAAAAUAUACAUUGUUUAUAUGUAGUUGUUCAAGUCUUUUUUAUUUUGUUACGCAUUCAUCAUCUUUACGUUUAAUACGUACUAUUGAAAAUUCAGGUAUUACGUGCUGCCUUAAUGAACUGGUAUUAGUUCCUUGUUGACUUAAUGCGUUCUCCAUAGAGGAGUGUACUCGUUAACAUUGUUCGUAUUUAUAUGUAUACCAUACAACUUCUCAACUGCAUAACAUAAGACUACUUGAAUAAAACAUAAACACCUACU